GUCACCGGCGCAUGCGUAGCACACCGGACGGCACUGCAGAAGCAGGCGAGUUCGCGAGUGUAUCGAUUUUACGAUCGUGUCUCUCGCCGCUAGUGCGUCCGUUUCCUUUAGUUUUUAGUGGUCGUGCUCAUAGUACAUGGAUAAAAUCGUGAAUGGGAUUAGUCGCUAGUCUCAUCACUCCGUACAUUUGCUGACUCGCAACACUUUGUCACCCUCGCCAUGACUAAGGAUAGAUUAGCAGCUCUUGUUGCGGCCCAGUCGGACGACGAUGACGUGGCGGACGAUGUGUCCGUCAAUGUUGGCGGGCCCGAUGAUUUUAUGACCGAGUUUUUCGCGGAAGUGGAGGAAAUCCGCGAAAUGAUAGACAGGAUCCAAACGAACGUGGAGGAUGUGAAGAAAAAGCAUAGUGCCAUUUUGUCGGCACCUCAAACCGACGAAAAGGUUAAAAUGGAAUUGGAGGACCUGAUGUCCGAUAUCAAGAAAACGGCGAAUAAAGUGCGGGCUAAAUUGAAGGUGAUAGAGCAAAAUAUCGAGCAAGAGGAGCACACGAACAAAUCGUCGGCGGAUCUGAGGAUACGGAAGACACAGCAUUCGACGCUCUCGAGGAAGUUCGUCGAGGUGAUGACGGAGUACAAUCGGACCCAGACCGAUUACAGAGAGCGGUGUAAGGGAAGGAUACAGCGACAGUUGGAGAUCACCGGUAGGACGACCACUAACGAGGAGCUGGAGGAAAUGCUGGAGCAGGGGAAUCCGGCUGUGUUCACGCAGGGGAUUAUCAUGGAAACGCAACAAGCGAAACAGACUCUCGCCGAUAUCGAGGCGCGCCACGCCGACAUCAUCAAACUAGAAAACUCCAUCAGGGAGCUUCACGAUAUGUUCAUGGACAUGGCGAUGUUGGUGGAGAGUCAGGGUGAGUUGGUGGACCGCAUCGAGUACCUCGUCGAUCAAACCGGCGACCACGUUGUCCAGGCCCGGGGAGAGCUGAUCAAGGCCGAGGAGUAUCGGAGCAAAGCUCGUAAGGACGAGGCACGAACUGCGAUUGUUGAGAAUUGGGAGGCCAGUUGCAGGCGCACACGCAGAGAGGCACGCGAAUAUAGCUGCGAUUCGAUCGGAGGAUCGAAUGUGACGAUGAUGUGUAAGACAUGGAAGAAGUGGGUGACGCGUAGCAUGUACACACACCACCGAGGAAGGUGUCCAAGUAGUUACAGUUACGAAGAAGAUCAUGAUCAUGAUUUGCCUUGCUAUACUCGCCGUCGUUCUGACCACCACCAUCGGUGGAUACUUUGGACUGUGAACGCCGUACUCAGACAAGUCGAAAAGAGUUGGCGAAUUCGCGUACGAAAACGCGAAACGCCGGCAACGCGUGAAUUCAAAGAAAUCGGCCCGAAACAACGUUGGACGCAUCGCCCAUUUCAAGUGGAAUAGUGUUCGUCGACCACGACUGCAUCCGCAAUCGCAAUCGCAGCCGCAACAACAACCGCCAAUAGUAACAACGGCAAUUCGACCGCGAUCCCAUUCGCGAUCUUAUCGUCCGAUCUUUUGUCCGCGUGUGCCGCUCCUCGUCCCAUGGAUCGUCGUUCAAUUCCGCCUUCCGUUAUGCUUGCGCGUUCACCGAUACGUGUUUUACGCGUCGACUAUCGUAAACAAGAGGCAAACGAGAAUAGAAAUAGAGAUAUUUGAGAAAAUUAGUGAAAAUGAUAUGAGAAUGAAAAUGAGUAAAACGAUAGCUGGCAGAACGAAGAAUCGUCAUCGUCGUCAUCGUCGUCAUCGUCGUCAUCGUCGUCGUCGUCGUCGUUCUCGUCGUCCUCAUCGUCAUCGUCAUCGUCGUUUGUUUACAUCAUUGUUGUCGCUUGUAAUUUACACGCCUUCAUUUACUAAUCUUUCCUCUAGUUUUUCUUUCGUUCACUCGAAUAGUUUUAUCGAAAAUAAUCUCGUUUCGUUUCACGCGAGCUUUAAAUCCUUUAUUUUCCAUCGAUUUUCUCUACACUCUCUUACUUUUUUUAUCUUUAUUCUAUAAAACACGAUCAUAAAACAUAGAAAAGGAUAAAAAGCACGGACGAUAGCGACGAAGCGAUCUCGAUGUUCGCCAAUGUAUCGAAGCGAGGAAAAUUAUCAUUGCAUGGAUCGUAGACGAUCGAGACGGUUACCAUCGUCAAUCUCUUCGAGGCUAUCAUCGACGAGUAACCGAGAGUGCGAUGGAAGAAUAACACGGGUGUGAUGGACAAAUAAUAUCGAGCGUACUUACCUUUGUCCGGGACUAUCGGGCCUAGAAAGCGAAAAAAAAAAAAAAGACGGUAUUCGUGGGCGGCUGCCUACGAUUAGGUCGUAUCGAUGUAUCUCGUUUCAAAGCCAAGCCUAAAACCUAAUGGAGUUUUUCUGUAACGCGAGGCACAUCGUGCGAGGCUACCGUGCAAUCCUCUCGUUUUCUCAAACGCCAUUUUCGGCGUUAUGCGCAGGCUCUGGUAGCCGUGUCCAAUUAUACCGACUACCUACCGAAGUGCAUUCUUUUGACUGUGAUUUUUAACCGAGCUUGCAAAAUUAACCUUUUGCGAAUCUUUCGAACGCGUUCGUAAUAUGGUCGGGCAUGUAUACGAUCGUACGAGUCGAAACGCAUGCAAAAUGUUUUCUUUUCUUCGCUUCUUCCGAGAUCACCGCUAUUGCUCGAAACCGAGAACGUAGACCGAUUCGAAAUAGUAGGGUACAUCGACGGUCGGUAAAGAAGGGAAAACAUAAAUUGGAACGCGCAAAAGGCAAAUUUGCAAGUGCGUCGUAACGUUGGAAUAGCUUUCGUUCGACGGGAUAUAUACUUAGGUAGUUUGUUUCUCGCUUUCGACGUUGUGUCAGAAAUCGAUCGGUCGAUAAAAAUUGAUCGAAAACGAUGACGAAUCGUAUAGCGAAGCACCAUCGUCUUCGUGUUGCACGAAAUGCCAUUAGGGUAUUGGGUUCAAUCGACCGAUCGGCGUCACUGCUCUUUUGCAUCCUCUUUCAUAUAUCGUUAUGUUUGUUUCUAUCCAAAUACGCGGCUGCGAUCUUGCGCGCACGAUCUUCUUUCGUCCUUUUUCUCUCGGUUCAGCUCACGUUGUCGUAUUGCAGUCGUAUCGAAUACCGCUACUCUAACGUCAAUCGGUCAAUUACCGACGAUCGAACGGACAAUAACGACGAGACCAUGACCGACAUACGUAACGACGACAAUGAAACAAUGGAAAUUAAAAUAAUCCAAUCGCUUUAUAUAUAAAUCGAAAUAUUUUUCUCGUUUCUUCCAUAUUCUUCGUUUUGUUUAUUAUUAUAUAUAUAUAUAUAUAUAUUAUAUAUAUAUAUAUAUAUCUCGUUUAUCGUUGUGCGUAAAGAAAAACAUUUUCGCAAAAAGCGUGCGUCGUGUUAAAGAGGGUCGAUCAUCGGCGCGGAGAACAAGAUGCCGGAUGAUGGGAAGGAGGGAAAUGGAUUUUCGCAAAAAAAAGAAAAAACGAAAAAAAGUAAAAAAAAAGAGGAAAAAAAAAAAAGAAAAAAAACGAGGAACACGCGACGAGGAGAGAAGAGGAGAUCUAUAAAGCUGCAGCAAUAAUAAGAUAUAGAUGUUACGGGAAAUUAAUUAACGCUAAUACAAUCGUCGACGAUAAAAUCUGGAUCAUUCCGAUAUAUCGUAUCUACACAAAGUGUAUACAUAUUUAUUGCUAUAUGUGUAUAUAUAUGUAUAUAUACACACACAGACAUACCCGUACGUAUAUACACAUACACACAGAUAUACAACACUCACGACACGAGUGCGAAUGCGCGAAACGGGAGCACGUACAUGCAUACGUACACACAUAUAUAUAUACACACAACACACACAUUAUUACAUACAACGCCCAAACGCGUUACGAAAAAAAAAAAAACAUAUUACAUGUAUAUAUAAAAUAGUUAGUCGGCACAGUCGAAAAGAGUAAUAUAUUAACGAUGAUAAUUUAUUAUUCGCGACGCCUGUUGCUCGUGUAAACUAUCGUCUGAUCAUUGCUUUUCGAGCAAGAAACAGGCGACGUUCGUGUUAACGUUUUGUUGAUUAUAUUAUAUGAACGUUGAGGUAAAUGCGUUUAAAAGAUUAUGGAUUGAUGUUUCAAAAAUGAUAUAAGAGAGAAUGGGGGGGAAAAAAAGGAGUAAACAGGAGUUUACGUUGCAUACGUGUUGUAACGGUAACGUUGAGCACGGUAAUGCGAUAAAGACGACGAUACGAUAACGAUAAAAGCGUGAUAAAUAACACGGGGAAUUAGAGAAACGAACAACACGAUGAUCGCUUUGCGAUCGUAUUACGCAAGCAUAUCGAUCUUUGGUUUAAAGAUUAUCGUUUGAAUACGAUUAAGAAAAAAAAAAAAAAGAAAUUCCUUUUCAACAAGAAAUUGAUUCGAAUCGUCGUCGUCAUCGUCGUCAUCGUCGUCAUAAUAGGUAAAGGAAAAAAGAAGGAGGAGGAGGAGUAGGAUCGGAAGAAAAGAGCUUUCGUUCGUUUUCGUAUCCUGCGUCGAUCGAAGAAGAAGGAAGAACGCAAGAUCAAACAAACAAACAACACACACACACACACACAUACACAUACACACACAGAAAGAAUCAUUAUCGCUUUACGACUUGCUUCACAUUUCAAAGUUUGUCCCUUCUUGGUCGAUUUGGAAUUUAUUUAGCGAUCGUUCGAAUCGAUAUUCGAUUCGAGAAAAAGAAAAAAAGAUUGUGCGAUUCAUUCGAUUGGACAUCCUCCUCCGAACAACCUUGAUUGUUUCGCAUUUCGAAAAUUAGAAAAAGAAAUCGAUUCGCGCGGACCGAGUCAUUACUCGAUCGGCGAAUAUGAUUGGUUCGAUCGAUCGAUCGAUCGAUAGUCAAUUCUCUGUCUCGGUGUCGGUUCGAUGCCGAUCUACGAUGUAAAAGGAGACAGGAGUUAUCGGCCUUAAAUACGAUUGGUCGCAUAAAUACAAACCCCCACCUCUUCCCCUUCCCCCACUCCCGCACCGAGACGAGAGUCAUCGCAAACUGUCCCUUGCGCGCAUCACUUUUUUAAAUAAUACCGUUACUAACCUCCUCUCCGAAAAGGAGUUGUUCCUUUUUUUUCCGUUCGAUUAGCUUUAAACCUCGUUGACUUGUCGUUAGCAUUUUUCUCCGAUGCGUGCGCGUUCGUGUGUAGCGAUACUCGCGAUUAGGAAUUGAAGAAUCAAAUUAUACUUACUUUCAGAUAAGUACCAUCGAAUAAGUUUUCCGGGCCACGAUAGAAUUAUAUACCUGUAAACUUGCAAAAACAGUGCACGUAUCACCGAUGAUCUCGUUGGUAUAUGCAUACGUAUAGUGUGUAUAGUUUUGGCCUAAAAAAGUAAGGAAGAGGAUUUUUCUCGUUCACGUGUUAUAAAUUAUACCUGCGACUUCGUUAAUUUUCUUUCGUUCACGAGAGCGUAAGAUUUCACGAGACGUGCGCAAUAUUUUAUCUUGAUUCGCGCAACGUUGCUGUCCGUCUGUCAGUCUGUCUUUCUUUCUUUUUUCUUUCUUUCUCUUCUCGCGUCUCUUCUCUCUCUCUCUCUCCUUAUUUCACUUGUUUCAUAUUUACUUCUUGACGAAACGAACGAACGUUGUUCCAUAGAAUGGAAAAAUUGUGUAUUCUUUAUUUUGGAAAAAUUAGGGAACGUGAACGAUGUGAACGAACGAAAGAGAAGACCGACAGAUGGGCUAAAAUGUGAAUCGAUCAGGGAGUAAAUACGACGAAGAAACGGGAAUUGUGACAAAGCAGAUGGAACGCUUUAGAGACUUCGAACACGACAAAGUAUCGAGAAUGUACUUACAUUGGUCGUGUCGCAUCGGUGCAAUUAUUACUCUUCGAGAGACUAUUUCAAUAACCUUAUGAGUGUCAAUUCCACUUUCGAGCGUAAAUCGUGUAAGUUUGCGAAUGUUUUCAGAUAAAAGAACAAACGAACAAAAAUAAAGAGCGAUCGUGAUGGGGUGUCGGUGUUAAAUCAUAACGAUAAGAGAGGUUGCGUGGCCAUGUCUCUUGACUGCUACGCGCCAAAGUGAGAUUAUUAUAAUAAAUUUACAUUAUUGAGAAAUUAAUUAGGGAAUGAGAGUGUGGGAGAGAAAGGAAUAGAAAGUACGUGCGAGCGAACGAACGAAUGAACGAACGAACGAACGAACGAACGAACGAACGAGCGAGCGAGCGAAAAAAGUACGAAAGUAAGAAAAUAAAAAAAAACCAAGGAUGAAAGGAGAAGUUUAGGAAGAAAUCGGACGAAUGCACGAUCGAACGAAUGCGCGAACGAACGAACGAUGGCAAGAAAGUUUGAACGAAAGAGUAUUUAUUUACGUAUGCGUGCAUGCGAGAGAGAAACCGAUUUACGAAAGAGAUAAAAAUUUGAAGAAUUUAGCACGUUGAACAAUGAUAUGGAAAAUACUUUUUAUCGUAGAUACACUUCUAUUAGGUGAAAGAACUACGUAAGAACAAAGAAAAGGCAAAAAAAUAGAAAAAGAAAAAGUAAAAAAGAGACCUGUACUAAGGAUUACUUAUUAAAUAAAUGAACGGUGUUUUUCCGCCUAUGAGUCGUAUUUGCAUCGAAUGAAUAUAGAUGCAUUUCACUUCUCACACUCUCUCUCUCUCUCUCUCUCUCUCUCUCUCUCUACCUUUCUCUUUCUCUCUCAGUUAUACGAGAACAGAACGAGAUAGAUUGUUAUUUUCCAUCUUUAAUGCGAUAUUAUUGUUAUUAUCAUUAUUAUUAUCAACACUGUACAAAGUUGGCAAUAAUAUUAAGAAAUCCAUCGUCGUAACGCGUUUACUAGCUGUGUUUGAAGAAAGAGACGCAAGACGAGAUCCACGCUCGUCAUCCGACAGAGAGAAGAAAAUUCGUUGCAGCGCUAACUACAGCGUAUAUAAAAAAAAAAAAUAAAGCGUGCCCUUUUACCUAUCUAAUCCUGCACAAAAAUAUCGAUGGUUCUGCGAAUCUGAAUAUCUAUAUAUAUAUAUAUAUAUAUAUAUACAUACAUAUAUAUAGAGCUAUACAUGCAUCCUUACGCGACAAAAAAGAAAAAAAAAAAAGAGAAAUAGAUAUCUCGCAAAAAUACCAAAAUACGUAGAUCCGGGUUUGGAAUAUUAAAAAGUAAACGAAAUUUCGACGAGAAAAAGGGCAUGUCUGGUAAUAAUAACGACGAGAGUCGGAUCGCGUCCAUGGAUGUUCGGUCAAAUAACAGGAGUAGGAAAUCGGUGAAUCGGUAGAUUUUCUGUAUUCUCUAAACGCGAUAAGCGAUUCAACCGCGAACUCACGUUUGGAAUCUUGUCGCUGCCUCUAACUCGCGAUUCGCCGAUUUCUUCUCGCGUUGUAGUAGCUACUUUCUUUGUGAUCUAUUGAUCUAUCGAAGCGAUAACGAAGACAAAAAAAAAAGAGCCAAGCGUUUACUGUACAAUUAUAUUCUUUUACGUUAACGACAUUGAGUAGACGAGUAGUAUAUUUUACAUUAUCGAGAUAUGAUAGCGUUACUUGUCUUACCCUAAUUUUAUAUAUCAUUGAAGAUACGUAACCGCAGGAAUAAUGAUUAUAGUCAGCACUACAGUGAAGUUACUAUACGUCUGUAGAUAACAAAGGUCCGCAGAGAUUUUAAAAACCGACACGAUGUUCAAUGUAUUUAAUUAAUUGAUCUUCUCUCUCGAAAGAUGAACAAUAUACAAGAAUAUGUAACGGGAGUGAA